AUGGGUGCAGAUCCCGGCUAUGACGUGGUGCACCCCAUCAGGGUCGACGAGAGCGGGGCCUUUCUCUCCUACAACUUGUCCCACCGGCUGCUGUCCAAACGGGCCGCUUUCUCUCAGACUCACCCAGGGGCCUUCUACACCCUCGUUCUCAGAGGGCAGCAGCUGAGGUUCAACCUGAGCCUCAACCCUCACCUCUUGGCUCCCGGCUUUGUUAGCGAGAAGCGGUACGGAGGCAUCUCUCGGGCCUGGAUUCGAGCGUCCAGCCGGAACUUGUGUCAUAUGAUAGGGUCCGUUCAGAACCAGGACAGGAAAAGUGGGCUGGCAGCCCUCAGCACGUGUGAUGGGCUGAAAGGCAUCUUUCAUCUGGCUGGCCAAGAUUUCCUGAUUGAACCGCUGGCUCCUAGCAACCCAAGGGAGAGUACAGCCCAACCGCACAGGAUAUCUCGACGCCACGUUCUGGAGCAGGAAGCCGGAGAGUCUGUUUCGGUCUGGAGCACAGAAGGGGACAGGAAGCAUCCAGCCUCUGCCAGGACGUGUGGAGUGCGAGAAAACCCAAAAAACUCAGAAAAGUGGAGAGAAAAGUGGGAGGAGAAGCAGCGGAGGAAACGGCGGAUCAAGCCACGCUCUGUCAGUAAGGAGAAAUGGGUGGAGACCCUGGUUGUGGCUGACACUAAGAUGGUGGAGUACCAUGGCAGCGGGCAUGUUGAGAAGUACGUCCUGACAGUCAUGAACAUGGUGGCUGGUUUAUUCCAUGAUGCCAGCAUUGGGAACCCGGUCCACAUUUCCAUUGUGCGUCUUAUCUUUCUGGAAGAUGAGGAGGAGGAUCUGAAAAUUAGCCACCAUGCGGACAACACCUUGAGAAGCUUUUGCAAAUGGCAGAAGGCCAUCAACCCCAAGGGGGACGCUCACCCGCUGCACCAUGACGUUGCAAUCCUGCUCACCAGGAAGGACAUUUGCACCGCCAUGAACCGCCCAUGUGAGACAUUGGGCCUGGCCCACGUCUCCGGCAUGUGCCAGCCACACCGGAGCUGCAACGUGAAUGAGGACACGGGUCUCCCCUUAGCCUUCACUGUGGCGCAUGAACUGGGACACAGUUUUGGGAUUCAGCACGACGGAAGCGGCAAUGACUGUGAGCCAGUUGGGAAAAGGCCUUUCAUCAUGUCUCCACAGCUCCUGUACGACACGUCGCCGCUCACCUGGUCUCGCUGCAGCAGGGAAUACGUCACCCGCUUCCUUGACCGGGGCUGGGGGCUUUGUUUGGAUGAUCCCCCGGCCAAGGACGUGAUUGACUUCCCCUCUGUUCCUCCGGGAGUCCUCUACGAUGUCAGCCACCAGUGCCGGCUCCAGUAUGGCGCCUACUCCACCUACUGUGACGACAUGGAUAGCGUCUGCAACACACUCUGGUGCUCUGUGGGGAGCACGUGCCAUUCCAAGCUGGACGCAGCGGUCGAUGGCACCAAGUGCGAUGAGAACAAGUGGUGCUUUAAUGGAGAGUGUGUGAGUGUCGGGUACAACCCGGAGUCCAUCCACGGAGGCUGGGCAGCCUGGAGCUCUUGGGCAGCCUGUUCCCGGACCUGCGGGGCUGGAGUGCAGAGCGCGGAGCGGCAGUGCAACAGUCCUGCCCCCAAGUACGGCGGGAAAUACUGCCUGGGAGAGCGGAGACGCUUCAGAGUCUGCAACGUGCAGCCGUGUCCGGAAGGCAAGCCGUCAUUCCGGCAGGUCCAGUGCAGCCGUUUCGACCUCCGGCCCUACAAAGGGAAGCUCUACAAAUGGACCCCGGUCCCCAGCAACAGUGACCCAUGUGAACUGCACUGUCGACCCAACAGUGAGUACUUUGCUGAAAAGCUCCGUGAUGCUGCCAUUGAUGGCACGCCGUGCUAUGAAGGAAAUGGCAGGCAGGACAGGUGCAUUAAUGGGAUCUGUAAGAACAUUGGUUGUGACUAUGAAAUUGACUCCUACGCUGUGGAGGAUCGGUGUGGUGUGUGCCACGGAGAUGGAUCGACCUGUUGGACAGUUAAGAAGACCUUUGAGGAGAGUGAGGGGCUGGGUUAUGUUGAUGUUGGUCUGAUCCCGGCUGGAGCGCGUGAGAUCCAGAUUGAGGAGGUGGCUGAAGCAGAGAAUUUCCUGGCCUUGAGAAGUGAAGAUCCCAAGAAAUACUUCCUGAAUGGUGGCUGGACCAUCCAGUGGAAUGGUGACUACAAGGUGGCUGGGACCACCUUCACUUACAAGAGAAUGGGAAAUUGGGAAAACCUGACUUCUCCAGGGCCCACAGAGGAACCGAUCCUGAUUCAGCUCCUGUUUCAAGAGAAGAACCCGGGGGUCCGCUAUCAGUACACCAUCCAGCAGGAGUCCAAGAAUCAGAGUUCAGCUGCUCCAGCUGAGUUCUUCUGGCACUACGGACCCUGGACAAAAUGCACAGCUACUUGUGGGACAGGGGUUCAGAGGCAAAUGGUGCGUUGCCUUGAGAAAGCCGCUGGGUUUGUGGAGGAGCAGUACUGUGAUGCUCUUAGCCGGCCAGAUGACAAGCGAAGGAAUUGCAACGAGGAACCGUGUCCAGCCAGGUGGUGGGCUGGCGAAUGGCAGGUAUGUUCUGCCACUUGCGGUGACUCUGGACUGAUGAAAAGGACUGUCCUCUGUAUUCAGAGUGUGGCCCUGGAUGAGCAGCAGGCUCUACAGCUCAACAAGUGCCAACAUCUCACCAAGCCAGAGACCACGGCCCCCUGCAACCGAGAAGUCCUCUGCCUGGCACAGUGGGUCACAGGCAGCUGGUCAGAGUGCUCGGUGACGUGUGGGAAAGGAACACAGAGGCGUCCGGUUUUCUGCCCUGCUGAUGCCGGAGCCAGGUGUGAUCCAGCAGAAAGACCUGUCUCUGAGAUGGACUGCUUGUUCUUGCCCUGUUGGGAUAGGAGAGAGAACGGCGUUCCUGACUGGUCUGGAAGUGGCUCUUUGAGCCAGGAGCUAUUUAAUGAAAUUGAUUUCAUCCCCAAUUAUCAUGCCUCCAAAUUUAGUCCUUCAGCUCCCAAAUCUGAAAACGUUAUUACAGAGGAAGUUCUCCCCCCAAACAGCCAUAAAAAGGGAAAUGUGUUUGUGGAUGAUUUUUACUAUGAUUAUAAUUUUAUCAAUUUUCACGAGGAUCUGUCUUAUGACCUGGUUGAGGAAAAGAACAGUAGAAGGGAGGACUUGAAUCCCAACUUUGGGGUCAAGACUCUUCACAAGAUGGAGGGGGUUCCUCAAGAAAUGCUUCCUGAUUUUCCUCCCACCACAGAGCCAGAAGUCAAGCUGGCUAGUCAAGACAUAACAUCUCCCACUUCUGGGCAGGAACACGAGGAGGAGCAUGAUAAUAUUCAGGAUAGUGGCACAAUUGGCCCUUUGCAGGACCCUGUUGGUACGGCAGUUGUCAACAGCUCUUCUGCUGCAGUUGAUGGGAAAAGCUCCCAGCCAUCACUUUUGGAAGAUCAUCCAUCCACUUCAGUAGUGAAGCAUCUUCCUUUUGGCAGCAACAAACCGGUAUUUGGUGAUACUACUCAAGAACCUCCUUUUACAAAUACUGUUUUGAAAGACAGCACAGUAAGAUCUGAUUCCUCCACCAGCUCUCCUUACUUGGCUGUACUAACUCCAGCAGUGUCUUCUGCCAAGGACAACUAUUGGAGAAGUGAGUUUGGUGCUCUUGGCAGCACAGAAAAUCCUGACAGGAGGAUGCAGGACCCCAAGUUUCCUGAACUCAGUGACAGCGGUGAUAAUGGUUUGUGGAAAAUGGCAGAAGAAAGCCGCAGAAAGCAGAGUAAUAGCGACAGAGACUUUGUCGGUGGUGAAGGUAAUAUGGACACUGCUCACACACUGAAAGAAAAGCAGGUAAAUACAGUUGCAACAACUGCAAGAAGAACUGGGGCACCCGACCACCUUACCCAUCCUCUGCCUGCUUCUGCUGAAGCCUCCUCUGCCGCUGCCGUCCUGGAUGCAGAGAUGAGUAGCACCUCAGGGCCUGACCAGGCCCAUAGAUCAAAUACACAAAACCACCUCAAAAAAGUAUUGUCGCUCACAGCUGAGCUUCCAUCAUGGGUGUCUCCCUUCACUUCUGCAUACCAGUUGUUUGGAUUCAGCAGAAAGACACACACAUUUUACCAUCCAGGCACUCUGACACCACCGAUACCAGCUGAGUCAAACUCUUUGCAUCAGGGCUCAACUUUCCCCAACUUUUCCCCUUCUACUUCACUACCUCCCAGACAGAAGCAAUCUAAUGAGCUUAAGACAGACUUGGACACUAAGCCUAUAUCAUCCACUGAGGACCAAGGAUUCUCCAGGGACAGAAGUGAACGCCCAUCUCCCCGUGUGAUAACUGCUAGUAGUAAAGGAGGUGCUGGGCCCAGCCUUGUGAAGGUGAAAUUUCAGGACCUGGAAGGGAAGAUGCUGUCUUCUGUAGCUCCUGCUGCUGCUGUUACAGCUGCUCUCAAUGCCAGCUGGGAAGCAGGAAACUGGAGUGAGUGCUCCACAACCUGUGGCCUUGGCGCUGCUUGGAGGGCUGUGUGCUGCAGCACUGGAAACGAGAACGACUGUGACUUGGCUAGAAAGCCGGCUCCUGCCCGGCAAUGUUAUCUGAGACCGUGUUCCAAGUGGCGUGUUGGAAAAUGGAGUAAGUGCUCCAGAACCUGUGGAGGAGGCGUGAAAGUUCGGGGCAUCCACUGCAUUGACACCCGUGGCCAGCGACCUCUGCGACCCUUUCACUGCCAGACUGCCUCAUACAAACCUCCAACACAGUUGCCGUGCCAUGCCAAGCCUUGUCUGAGCUGGUACACGUCCGCCUGGAGAGAGUGCACGGAGCUGUGCGGAGGGGGUGAGCAGGAGCGCCUGGUAACCUGCCCCGGAUCUGGGAGGUGUGACCCAGCCCUCCGACCAAACAGCACAAGAGCUUGCAACGGCCAGCCGUGCGCCAAGUGGACCGUGGGGUCUUGGGGGCAGUGUUCGGCCACAUGUGGCGAGGGCAUCCAGAGGAGGCAGGUGAAGUGUGUGAACACAAAAACCGGGGAGGCAGAAGAAGACCGCAGCUUGUGUGAGCACGAACAGUGGCCGGAGGACACCCAGAAAUGCAGUUCCCCAGACUGUCCUGCUGGUGAAGCAAACGUCUGUGAGCGUGACCGCCUGAGCUUCGGCUUCUGCCAGACUCUGCUGUGGCUGGGAAGGUGCUACCUCCCGGCAGUCAGCGUCCAGUGCUGCCAGACCUGCCGCCCGCAUGGCCUGGGCCAUCGGGAUCGUGGGGAUGAGCUCUCCUCCCGGAAGUGAGCGCCUCCCUGCUUCAGGAGCCUCCGGUGGGCGAGCAGCUGGAGAAGACCCACUUUGGCCAGCCAGCUCUUCCGUCAACAGGGCUUGCCUGGUUCUCGGAAACAAGCCAGUGUUUCCUGCCCUGGUGUGGCACUCAAGCCUGUGACUGACCUGUGCUCCAGGCAACCAAAGGAAAGCCUUGCACCCACAGUGCAGGGAGGGAAUUGGUGGGGUGAAACCAGCCUGGCCUCAGGAAAGCAGCUUUUGAAAGCCAUCUCAGAAACAUCUCUGGUGCUACAGUUGGCCGCAUUCGAGUGUCGCUCAGUGUUGGCAGGCCAGCACAGAAUUCUUAAUGAGUGAUUUUUUAAAAAGAAUAAAACCAAUUAUUUUUAUAUUUUAUGCAAAUGAGCAUGUAACAUUCCACAGAAUGUAAUUUGAUCAUUUGGUUGUGUUAUAACUAUGAUGAUUUUUCUUAUUGUAGAUGUGAGGAGCUUCACGCAGUGAAGUUAAAUAUCCCUGGUGCUGGCUGCACGGAGAGAUGCAGCAUGCGCACGCGCCCACGCACGCACACACACGGUGGGUGCUGCUGCUCUUGAGACGGGCUUUUAGGUUGCCCAGCUGUGGGAGGGUUCACAGCUCCUUCAGCAGGGCUGGCAGUCCUGUGCCACCCUGACUUGCCAUCUGGUACUGCCUGAAACUGGCAGGCUGAAAGGAUGCCUGUCCCUGAUCUAGCAACACCAAGGCCAGGCUGCCUGAAGAUUGCCCAGGUGAGGGACUGGAUGGGAAUUAGGCUGACUACGCAACAGUUCUGCCUCCUUCACUGCACAGCCAGGACUAUUAUGCUGAAAAAAUCCAGGUCUCCCCAGAGCAUUGUACCUUUUCCUUUGUGAGCCAAGAAUGCUUGAUAUUGAAUCUACGUUUCCUGCAUUUGUAAUUUAUACUGAUAGCUACACUAGCAAAAAUACAUCCGACUCAGAAUCAUGUGUUUGCUUUCUAACUUGCACCUUUAAAUUGGAGAAAUUGUAUAAAAGUUCCCUUAGAAGUCUACACUGGCUGCACAUCUAAACUUUGUGUAAUCUUCAGAAAACGGAAAGAACAGCUCUGUUUUAAAGGAAGGGCGGCACAGUUUUGCUUGCUUUGUUUUGGGAGGUGGUUGUGGUCCCUUUGAGUCAUCUUGACUCCUGGUGACUGUAUGGACUGGCCCAUGCAGUUUUCAUGGCCACGCUGUGGAAGCGAUUUGCCCUUGCCUUUUCCCAGGACGUCCUUUGACUUCUAGGGCUAAGAAAGGGAUUGGCUUAAAGUCACCAUGCUGGCUUUGUGCCUCAGACAUCUCUCAAACUCACGGUCUCCCCAUCACUAGUCCAGGGCCUUAACCACAAGACCAGACUGGCUCUCAACUGUUCCACUGACUUGGCCGGUUUUAUUUAAGACCAAUUUGUCUGCUUCUGAAUAUAGAACCUCAUCCUCAUUCUAACAUGGAAUUUCCCUAUCAAUAUAUCAGAAAGAAUCAAAAUUGAUUUGAAGAAGAGUAUUGUAAUAACUGAGAGCCAGCUUGGUGUCGUGGAAAAGGCAUCAGGCUAGAAACCAGGAGGUUGUGAGUUCUAUUCCUACCGUCGACAUGAAGCCAGCUGGGUGACCUUGGGCCAGUCACUCCCUCUCAGCCCUAGGAAAGAGGCAUUGGCAAACUGCUUCUGAAAAACUUUGCCAAGAAAACUGCGGGGACUGGUCCAGGCAGUCUCUGAGAAUUGGACACGAUUGAAUGGAUAAAAGAAAAUUGUAAUUACUUAAAUUUCUAAUGGUUCAAGUGUGUUAAACUGUAAUAGCAAAGUUACAUCUAAUCCUGA